AUGGCCUGGUACAUGAACAGCGUGGAAGAUCUGGCAGAACUUUACAAUCGAGUUAAAGAGAAGAACAUUCCCAUCGAGCGGGUUUCCGACCACGGCCACGCCAUAGGAAUAUAUAUUCACGACCCGGACGGAAACGGAAUCGAGCUAUCAUACGAAAUGCCGGCCAGUGAAUGGGGCCACGACCCCAGCGGCUACAUGAUUGGUGGCACCGCUAAGGGUCGCUUGUCGGGUCCCUGGGAUGAAGCGUUGGCAAGGCAAGCCCAAGUUACGGCGUAG